GCACAGCAAAGUAAAAGGGAAACAUUCCACGCCGGACGUAAUUACCAGCCGAAGAGCCUUUGCGACAAAAUGAUUUGAAUACUCUCGGUAGGGUAGUGCAUUCUGUUUGGUAACAGCGAACAAAAACGAGCGAAAAUGAAUUUCGGAAGAUCGAUACGCAUCAAUAAGUGCGGGUUUGUGAUACUGGGCGUGCUAUUUACGUGCAUACUGUACUAUCUGUGGAGCAGUGGAACAAAUAACGUCAGCUAUACGUUCGGUAAAAAUCCGAAUGAAAUCAACCUACGGAAGCUGUUGAUCGGUUCUAUUCAGGCCGCCCAGCACGGUGGCUUCGAGGUGGUGGCCGUCUCGAAGUCGCGGGACCUGCACGAACAGAGCAAAGGCAAAACCAAAGAAGGCGCUAACAAUCCCGUGACAGAUGCCGACUAUCGAUCGAAUUGUGUGAUGAAGAACGGGCUACUGCGGAUAUUUCCCAAGCUGAAGAUUAUCUCGGAGGAGGACGACCGGCAGGAGCAGUGUGCCGAUGUGCAGUUGUUUGAUCUCGAUCCGACUGUCCUCCACGAGAGCGCUACGGUACCGGAUGAGAGGGUUAGCAUAGACGAUGUGGCCGUGUGGAUUGAUCCAUUAGACGCAACGCAGGAGUACACAGAACGUCUCCAUGAGUACGUGACUACUAUGGUUUGUGUAGCAAUCAAAGGAGUUCCGACGAUCGGCAUCAUACACAACCCUUUUCUCAUGAAAACCACCUGGGCCUGGCGCGACCGGGCUCUAUCCGAGUCUCUGCUGAACCUUAAAUACGAUGCCGACGUUAAACACCCGACUAUCAUCGUCUCGCGUUCUCAUGCCGGCGCCGUAAAGGAACAAUCGAAGCAGAUAUUUGGAGAAAAUGCUCAGGUUAUAACAGCCGGAGGAGCUGGGUUCAAAGUGCUCCAAGUGAUACAAAACAAUGCAACAGCCUACCUACACACGACGCACAUAAAGAAAUGGGACAUAUGUGCCGGUGACGCGAUACUCGGUUCAAUCGGCGGAAGGAUGACCGAUUUGCACAAUGAAAAUAUCGCGUACCAACGCGACGCACCGCCACUCAAUUCAAAUGGUCUGUUGGCCACCGCGCUAACGGUUACACACGAAGCGUACAUCAAGCGGAUAGUGGAUAGUAAAGUUUUCAUCCCUUAAAAAGCGGAGACGUUAUACCCUGCGAGUGAAUCGGAAGCCGGAUAGUUUUAUCAUCUAUCCGGUAUGAUUUAGAUUAACAACCAUUCUUUCCAACGCUUUCGCCUUGUCGAGUGCAUCACAAACACGACGAAAGGAAGCGUCAAUUACGGGCUCACGUUGUACUGUUUCCAUCAGCAAUUGUUUUUCGUCGUCAAAAAAGAAGCACAGCUGGUCUCACUUUUCCUUACGGAUAGAAGUUUUAUUUUUUUCAACUUAAGGCGAACGUUAUUUAAAUGUAGUCCAAUCAGGUUUUAUGAGUAGUGGAUUCACCUAAUUGAAUCGUAAAUAUAUGCUAAAAAAGAAUAUUGCUUUGCACUCGUCGUGGGAAUUAUUUUUAAGUAGAAACUUUUAUCAUGUGGAAUAUAACAACUUAAAAUAGACUUUUUCAAUUCGAAGACCAAAGA